AUGCAUUAUUCGGAUCGCCGAGAUCAGGAUGCUGUCUGGCGUGCAGAAAGAGGUCCCCAGGGCAGUCGGCUACCCACCCACCCCUUCUCAAGACCCUCCCCAACCAGGACUUCCUUACUCCCCCAACCGUCUUUGGAGGAGUCACCAUCCACUUCGACCUCACCUCUAUCAACAAACAAUCGACCGCUCCUUAAUCCGCUCAACAACCCACUAAACAACCCAGUCUCUCGAUUUUCCGUCGACACGCAGACCGUGUUCGCUUCGCAAUUGCUACCACGAAUAUACACCGCCAGCCCCCUCAACCCCAACACCCAAUCUUCCCUUACCCACGCCCAGUCCACGCGUUCAAAGUCUCAUUUGUUGCUUUCCAGGUAUUGGAGAUAUGUGUUCAUCAUACUCCUGGAUGUUUUAAUAGCAGUCACCGUUGUCUGCGUGGCGAGCCUCUUGUCGAUGGCCGUUGGCCAUCUUAUCUUGCGCGCAGCUUCGCGGCGUGACACUCCUGGGCCGUUUGAUGCAGCAAUUACAACGACGAUCCAGGCCGGCGUCCUCGGCGGCGCCAUCAUCGCUCUUCCUCUUGCAAUCACAAUCAAAAUACUAUUCCCACCUCGUGACACCUCUCUUAACACCCCCUCCCGUUCCCAAUCGCGAGUCGACCAAGAGGAUUUCCUCUCCUUCGAUAGCCACGAGGACGGGCGGGGACGAAACAGUCGUACCAGCUAUGAGCAGGGUGGCAUUCGGGAGACGACACUUACUCGCUACCAUGCUCACAGAAUAUUCGCUUUCAUGUUCUGUGAGUGCGUUGGCAUAACGAGCGGGCCCCUCGGUGUUGUGCUUUUGAGGGUGUGUUACGCAGGGAGGGGUGGGUGGACCCCAGAUGCGGAUAUUCGCCUGUUGGAUCCGACUCACGCUGUUGAAGCAGGCGCGGUGGGCGGCGCUAUAGUUGGACCAGGUAUUUUGAUUCUGAUAUGGGCUAUAUGGAAGUUAUGGACCAAGAUUUUCACACCCCAAGACAAUCACGAAAGCAGUCCGAGAGUAUCAUGGUACUACUAG